GGGUAGGAGGGUGGCCGAGGCAGACAGCCUGUCAGCUCCGUGACGCGGCCAGCUGGUGGGGUGGUGUUUUAAGCAGAACUGCAUCCCAGUGUAGAUGCCCGCGUGUGGAUUUACGAUCCACCCUGUGACCUGUCACUUUUAUAUAUUCGCACACGAGGGAGUGGAGUGGUUUCCAUAGAGAGGAAGUAUCACGGCCCACUUAGGACCAAUACAAGAAGAGGAGCCGGCGACCCCAGCGGAGACAGGAGUUCAGGGGGAUGCUGCUGGAGCAGACCCCCCGGUCCUGAAGCUGCCACCCACCUCACAGGCAUUUCCACGAUCGGAGGGAAGUCCGCUCACAGGGAGAGAUGCUGAUUGCAGCCCCCUUCCUGCUGCUGCUGCUCCUCGGGGCCCCCAGGACAAGCCUCUCCCAAAAGCUCCACAAAGCCGAGACCCUCUUCAGCUGCAUCAACGCAGCCCUGACUGAGGCCAAGAAGGGCCAGCUGGGGGGCGCGCCCCUGCCGAGCAAGAGAAGCUUCCCGCUGCUCCUCCCCAGCCAAGACCCGCCCUCGGGAGCAGCCGAGGAGAAGGGGGAGGAGGAAGACAAGGAGAAGCGGCCCUUCCCUGGCUCCGGGGGCGGGGGCGCCGGAAGCACCCGGUACAAGUACCUGCCCCAGCCCCAGCUCAAGGGGAGGCUGUACCAGGACAAGGCCAAGAGCGACCGGCGCACCAAGUUCACGCUGUCCCUCGACGUCCCCACAAACAUCAUGAACGUCCUUUUCAACAUCGCCAAGGCCAAGAACCUGCGAGCCAAGGCAGCCGCCAACGCCCACCUGAUGGCCCAGAUUGGGCGGAGGAAGUAGACGGACGCUGAGGCCCGCGGGAGGGCGGUCCAGGGGGAGGAGGAGGCGGGCCGGGAGGGAUGCGCCCUCGGCCCGUCUGUGGUGACAGGCAUCGGCCCUGCUUCGCAGGCCGCUCCACCGCUGAGCCCCUCUGCCCCUUCCUGCCCCCCGCCCAGCUCCCCCUCCUCUGUCCAGACACACAGCCGUGCAGCAUUGUCCCUGCUGCCCAGCUACGAGGCCACUGAUGUCGCUCCCUGCCUUCGGCCUCUCCUUCCUCCUCCCCCACGGGGAAGGGCAGAGGUCACGCCCUCCUGCCCUCCACGCGGCCCUCUGAUGACCCAGGAGAGGGCGUGCAGCCGCCCCCUUCCGCCCACCAACCCCAGCCAAGGCUGGGAGACCAAGGACUCACCCUCCUGUCACCAGACCCCCUGCCCACCCUGCCCCGCCGUCCCCAACCCGCAUCCCCACCCCAUUAAAAACGAUGGCUU